AUGGUGAGUGUUUCUGCAGUUACAUAUACUGAAACAAGCAAGGACAUUCCUUCAGUGUUGAAAAACUCGACUUCGGAGAUCAAUCCAUCCAAGCUUGCUCCAAAUGAGAUCUUGAUCAAAGCAUUGGGCACUCCCAUCAAUCCAUCUGAUUGGAAGCUCUUCGAAGGCAGCUACAAAGCACCAAUCGCAUUCAAACAAAUUGGACAAGAUCCAGAUGCCCCCAAGGUUGCUGUGGGUGGUAACGAGGGAGUGUUUUCCAUUGUUGCUAAGGGUGACGAUGUAUCCACCUAUAACAUUGGCGACUGGGUAAUCUUGAAGUUGACAGGAUUUGGAACAUGGCGCACCUAUGCCAUUGUGGCAGUCACCGAGGACAAUAAGGAUCCACUUAUUGUUGUGCUGAAAAAGGAAUCCCCACUCUUGACUCUUGACGAGGCAUCCACGAUCUCGACUAACCCAUCAACUGCUUACCAGCUCUUCACCUAUUACAUCAAGGACUGGAAUAACAAAGGAAAUGACUGGAUUGUGACAAAUGCAGGGAAUUCCUUUGUGAACAAAUACUUGUUUCAGAUUGCUCGCCAUUUCAACGUUAAAACUUUAGCAACGGUGAGAGACAAGCCUAAUUGGAACGAUAUCGAGAAGGAAUUGACGGAUCUCGGUGCUACAGUCGUGGUAAAGGAAGAAGAUUUUGUUAAGGAGACCUUCAUUACUGAAGAGUUACCUAAAAUCAUUGGCGAUGGAAAAGUUCGCUUGGCGCUUGACUCUUUAGGAGGUCCAACAACGUUAAACUUGACUAAUGCUCUUUCACAAGAGGGAACUUUUGUCAAUUAUGGAGCAUUGGCUGGAGGCUUGGUGCUGUUCAGCCCUGGUGCUCAAUUGCACAAGAACUUCGAGUUGAAAAGCUACUGGUUGACCAGAAACACUCGCGCAAAUCCUCAGUCUAAAGUCGAUACAGUGCACGAGGUAUUGGAUUUGUUUCGCCAAAAGGUGUUCAAGCCAGUGAAAUUCACUCAUUAUGAUUACAAAGAGGGCGACAACCUCAGAGACAUCUUCGUGAGAGGGAUUGAGAACUCGAAGAAUGGUAAGAUUGUUGUCGUGUACAAAUAA